CCGGAAUAGUCCGUGACGUCACGUGGCUGAUGUAUGGUAUGUAAGCGCAUUGAGGCUAUGUGGAGAGUAGUGAUGUCGGAGGAGGUUGGGAAGAAAUUGCAGGCGGUGGUGGACCGGGUGAAUCAAGCGGUUUCCCGUCGCCCGAAGACGUUACCAUGUAUAGCCCCUCGGCUAGUUGCAGUUAGUAAGACUAAACCACCGGAGAUGGUGGUGGAGGCUUACAAACAUGGACAACGAAACUUUGGAGAGAAUUAUGUAAAUGAACUUGUUGAGAAAGCUUCCCAUCCCCAGGUUGUCUUGUCAUGUCCUGAAAUAAAAUGGCAUUUCAUCGGUCAUCUGCAAAAGAAUAAUGUCAACAAACUCCUGGGAGUCCCAAACCUGUAUAUGGUAGAGACGAUCGACUCUGUUAAGCUGGCUGAAAAAGUCAACAGCUCGUGGCAAAAAAUGAGAUCUGCCAAUACACAGAGGUUAAAGAUUAUGGUUCAGAUCAACACCAGCGGAGAGGAAAGUAAACAUGGCCUGCCACCUGAUGAGACUGUAAACAUGGUAAAACAUGCCGUAUCUCAGUGUUCUGCUCUUGACUUCGCCGGGCUCAUGACGAUCGGCCGUUACGGUUACGACCUCAGCGAAGGCCCCAACCCCGACUUCCAGAUGCUGUUGAAACAUCGUGCUGACGUUUGUGAGGGUCUGAAGAUCCCAGUAGAGCAGAUUGAACUCAGUAUGGGCAUGUCUAAUGACUUUGAACAUGCGAUCGAGGUCGGCUCCACCAACAUACGUGUCGGCAGCACUAUUUUCGGCACUAGAGAAUACCCCAACACCCCGAGCCCCAGUCCAGAGAAAAAGCCAAAGGUCGUAUGUGAGGAAGCAGCCAAGAAAAUGGACCGGCUCACCGUCACGGACCAUUGAAUGAUGUGGACCAUUGAACUAAAUGUGGGACCUCUUGGGCUUUUUCCCCAAUGACUGGGCUCACCAUUCACCAGUCAAGGGCCUUUAAUAUGUCUUAACUAAUGCUGCUGACCUGGUCUUCUGUGGCAAAAGAGGUGCAAUUUAAUAACUGGAAUACUAAAUUUACUUCCUGAAGGUGUUUUUAUUAUCUAAAGAUCUCUAGAAGUGUCCUCCACCCCUUUGUCAAAUUCUUAGCCUUGGUUUUGCGAUUAUUUUUAGCAGAUACAGGGUCAGCACAUGCUCAGUUUUGUUGUGUGCCAAUUGUAGAUGUGAAGUAUUAUUUCUGACAUUUCAGUCAGAUUAGACGUUAUCAGUUGUAACUCAUUUUAACAUCCAAUUAAAACAAUAGGAUAUAUUUUUGUUCCUAGAAGUGUGUAGGUAUAUUUUAUAGUGUGUCUUUUGUUCGAAAUCAUAAAUGUAAAUGAUAUGAAUAGCACAUUUAUGGUAUUGCUUCUUUAUCCACUUGUUGCUGUGAAAGCUGUCAAUGAGAUGUGUCGGGACUGCCGUGUGUGUGUGCGUGCGUAGUGUUAUGUUAUUCAUGUAGUAAUUCAUGUCACCCUAAACACUGGUGUUGAAUUUAGCACUGAUCAACAGCCAGAUUGGUUUCAGUACAGAACAUAGGAAUGUGCAAUGAGAUCGGUGCAGAGACGGACUGUUUUAUGGAGUUUUGAAGACGCUGAGGGUCUGAGGCAAUUUACUAUGCAAGAGAGAGAUUGUUCUGAUUCUUAGAUGCUUGUAUAGAGGAUAAUCACAUCAUUUUUUAUUUUGAAAUUUUGGAUUAAUGCGGUGUGUCAAACUAAUGGGUUUACUGUUUGUGGUCAGUUGUGAAAAGCCAAAACAGAAAUUAUAGCAUCCUUUUUUUUCUGAUAAGUGUGACAAAUAACAUCUUGUAUCUUGUCAAUAGAUAGUUGAAUUGUAGAUAUUUCAUUGAUUUAGGUGAGUUGAGCAAUAAAAUAAGAGAAAAUUAAA